AUGUCCACACAACACAUCAAAUCUCAGAGCCCGGCUGCCUCGCAGUCUGGCGCCGUCGACCCGCUCGUCGACUCCAUGUUGGACCUGUCCGGCUACGACGACGCCGCCCAGUACCACUCCCACUCUCACUCUCACUCCCACUCGCCCUCGCUAUCGCCCGCCGCCUCCAAGAACCUCACUCCCUUCGCCAGGCCCGUUCCUGCUACCGUCCAGACCACCCAGGGCACUCUUCUGUCCGCCUCCUCCACUCAGCCCCUUACCGGCCCCAGCCAUCAGUACGACCUGUACAAGCAGCAGACCGGCAUUGUCCCAGGCGCACUAGCCAACACCCUCCAGGUCAACCAGAACAACGCCCACAUUGGCGCCGGCUAUCAGCAGUUCGACAUCGACGCAUACUUCGCAAACAUGAACGACGGCUUCGACUUCAAUGCCUCCCCGGCCCAGGGCGCCAUGGACAUGGACUUCGACUCCCCCUCUACUGCUGACCAGAGUCUGUUCUUUGGCGAGUCGACGGUCAACCCCAAUGCAAUCGGUGGGCACGAGGACCACAGCCUGCCAUCCCCGCCUGGCGUCCCCAACCAGGGCAACGUCGGCCGCGUCUGGCCCGGCAUGCACCAGCAGGCCGCCCUCGCAAAGGCUCAGGCCCAGCAGAGGCAGCAGCAGCAAAUAAUCGCGCAGCAGCAACAGCAGCGCGCCACCCAGCAGCAGCCGAGGCAGCAGCGGCCAAAGAGCGGCGCUCAGCCAACAGACCCCAUCGUCGAGCAGAAGAUCACCCAGCUCCUCAACUCCAUGCGUGCCAAGUCCUCGGGCCCCGAGUCUCAGAACAACGCUCCUCUGAUGAACCUUCCCCGCGCUAGGAAGGACGAGGACGACAUGGACGAGGACGAGAGGCUUCUGGCAAGUGAGGAGGGCAAGAAGCUGAGCAGCAAGGAGCGACGACAGCUGCGCAACAAGGUCUCCGCCCGCGCUUUCCGAUCAAGGAGGAAAGAAUACAUUACCCAGCUCGAGGCUGAGAUCGCCGGCAAGGUGACCGAGAACGGCGAUUUGAGGGCUCAGAACCGGGCCUUGCUCGACGAGAACAAGCGUCUAUCUGAUCUGACCCGCAUGCUCCUGUCUUCGCCUUCCUUCUCCGACUUUCUCGAGCGCCUCAGCACAAACCCUGCCCCUGCCUCCCAACCCGCCCCUCAGGUUGACCAGAGGCAAGACGCCCGCCAGGCCCCGAAGGACGUGAACCCCUACGCCACACACCAGCAGGUGCAACGCCAACAGAUCGGCUUGGCCAUGCUUCCAGAGCAGAACAUGGACUUUUCCAUGGUUGGCGUCGACGCCGAUGCCUACAACUACCAGCCUCAGGUCUAUGCAGUCCUCGAGACCCCUGAGCCGCUCCUCGAUGCGUCUGUCCUCGCUGGCAAGUCAUCCAACUUUGUUGGUGAGGUAUUCGAGUCUGCGCACGACGAGAAGGUUGACAUGCCCGUCAUUGAGCGCCCGAUGGUGGCUGAAGAGAAGCUCAGCGCCCCCAAGGCCCCGCUUGUCAUCGACGAGCAGUUCGAGAACGACCCUGACUUCGCGCUUUACCAUGGCUCUUCGGCCCCGACCGUCUCUGAGGAACAGGCAGCGGCGGAGCUCGACUUGGGCGGCCUUGUGCAACAUGACCUAUUCGGUGGCGUCGAGUCUGAAAAGAUGCUCGCGCGCUAUGAGCUCGUUGACGCUGCAGAAGAGGAGGAGGCUGCUGCUCGCGCCAUGGCUCGCUUCCAAAGACUUUCAGAAAGCAUGGAACAGGUGUGCGCGAGGCUCGAACUGCUUACUGCCGACAUAUAA